CUCCUUUGUUGUCGUAGUCUUCCCAGAUGAUGCCGAGGAGAAAAAAGCGGUGUGUAAAAUUAACAGAACACCGUAAGAGCUUGGAGUAGGGACUCCGGGCACAACCUGUCCUCUUGGUGUUUUCUCUCUCUCCACCAGCAGCACCCACAGAGCAGUCUGGGGAGGCGCCUAGGGAGGAGCUCCAGCUAGCUUUGUUCUCUGAGCUCUCGGCUAAGCCAAUGAGCCGCGCGCCAGGUGGCGAACUCACUCGGUAGUCCGGGGAGAGCCCGGUUUCUGGGGUCGGAGACGCGCGCGCGCAGUCCAGGGUUUGGUCCGGGAAGAAGAGGUCUUUGAGGAAAUAGCGCGCGUUCGAGAAGAGAGUAUUGCGCGCCGCGUGGAGCAGGAGCUGCCCCGGUUGCUAGGCGGAGCGAGAGCCUGCCCCCGGCCCAGAAUCUGGCCCUGGGAGCGCGCGGGCUCGAGCAAGCCAAUAGUCGGGUCUGAACCUCGCCCAGAGCUCCGAGGCAGCUGCAGCGGCAACCACAACAACGGCGGUGCUUAGUACUGCUGAGCCUUCCCGCUCGGAGCGCGUGCUCAGUCACAGACAGGGAACAAAAGAAGCUGGGAUGAGACUGGGGAGUUUGCAAAAGGAAAGUGAAAACCGGGCUGGGCACUCCGAGGCUGUGGCUGGGUGAGAGAGAAGCUGAGCGCCUGUCAGCCAGUCCCCAAGGCGCGGCCAAGCGUCAUGAACCCCGGAGUGCGGAGUCCUGCGCCGGCUUCCCAAGGCUAGCUUUCCCCGGCAGUCCUCUAGGGGACCAGCCCUGCAGCCAUGGCCAUAGCCCACCUGGCCACGGAGUAUGUGUUCUCGGACUUCCUGCUCAAGGAGCCCACUGAGCCCAAGUUCAAGGGUUUGCGCCUGGAGCUGGCAGUGGAUAAGAUGGUCACUUACAUCGCCGUGGGGCUGCCCCUGCUCCUCAUCUCGCUGGCCUUCGCCCAGGAGAUCUCCAUCGGCACACAGAUAAGCUGCUUCUCUCCCAGUUCUUUUUCCUGGCGCCAGGCUGCUUUUGUGGAUUCCUACUGCUGGGCAGCGGUUCAGCAAAGGCAGUUCUUGAACAAUGAUUCAGAAAACCUCCCGUUGUGGCUCCAUAAGUUUUUCCCUUACAUUUUGUUGAUGCUCGCCAUACUGUUGUACAUGCCUAGUUUGUUUUGGCGUUUCACUGCGGCCCCUCACCUUUGUUCGGAUAUGAAGUUUAUAAUGGAGGAACUUGAUAAAGUUUACAACCGGGCCAUCAAAGCUGUGAAGAGUUUUCAUGGUGUUGAUGUGAGAGAUGGCCCCAGCCCAUUUGUGAGUGUGAAUGAGGGUGAUGGGCAAAGUAUCUGGGAAAUCUCUGAAAGCCAUUUCAAAUACCCAAUAGUGGAACAGUAUUUGAAGACAAAAAAGCAGUCAAAGAAUUUAAUAGUCAAGUACCUCAUCUGCAGGGCUGUGACUUUUAUAAUUAUACUGCUGGCCUGUGUCUACCUGGGUUAUUACUUCAGCCUUUCCUCCCUCUCUGAUGAGUUUGUCUGCAGCAUCAAGUCGGGAAUCCUGAAGAAUGACAGCACAGUUCCAGAACAGAUUCAGUGUAAGCUCAUUGCAGUUGGGAUUUUCCAGCUUCUCAGUUUCAUUAACCUGGUGGUUUAUGCUCUUCUGGCACCCGUGGUCGUGUACACAUUCUUGGUUCCAUUUAGGCAGAAGACCGACGUUCUCAAAGUAUAUGAAAUCCUGCCCACCUUUGAUAUCUUGCACUUCAAGUCAGAAGAGUACAAUGACUUGAGCCUCUACUACCUUUUCCUGGAAGAAAAUAUAAGUGAACUUAAGUCCUUUAAGUGUCUUAAAGUCCUGGAGAACAUUAAAAACAACAGUCAGGGGACUGACCCCAUGCUACUCCUGUCUAACCUUGGGAUGAUCAAGACUGAUGUUGUAGAUGGUAAAAUCACCAAGCCUUCAGACAAAAAGGGAGCAGAAACUGGGAAUGAUGCAAUGGAGCUCAAUGUUUUGACAGAUCAGGAUUUAAGCGAUGAAGCCAAAUCAAGUAAUGAAGAGAAGAAAAUUCGCCAGAGACUCCUGGAGUCUUCAUAAUGACUUUUUCCCUCUAACUUUCAGUGUUGUGACUUUUACGAUGAGUAGCAUCCCCAUUAUGGUGCAAGCCUGGUUGAUUAGAGAAAUCAAAGAAUCAGUCUAUUACCUACCUUGGAUUGGGCCCAACUCACAACUGGUGCACAUUUGUGAGGAUGGCAAGGAACUGAUUUAGUGUCUGCACUGGGAUGGUGAGCUCAAAGAUUCUCAGUAUUGUGAGCAAGAGGCAAAGUGAUGGUGUUUUAAGAACAUAUUGAAUAAAUUACCCAAGAGCUAAGAAGAUUGCUAGUAUAGCCACCAGAACCAUUUUAAUACAUAAAUAAUAAAACAGUUAAGGUAUGAAAAGAAGUGGUACCAGCAAGAAAUCUGGGAAAAAAGCCAUUCUAUGGCAGAUAAUGGUAAUCAAUUCCAGAUCAACACGAAGAUAUGAACUUAUUAAAGAUAAAAAUCAAGUAAGGAUAUAGGGAAUAGUAAGCUCCUGGGGUACUUAAUAAUCACUGUUGGACCAUAAAGUGUCCUACAAGGUACGUACGGAUGGCAAGUAGGUAGAAAAACUGACUUUCUCCUAAGUGUCUUAUUUUGGGGAUAAUAAAAAUUAGACUCUAUUGUUAAAGCUUUUGUAUCACAUUUUAGAUUUUUUGGCCCCCUUAAUUUAAGCAGUUUCUACAUCAGACCUGUCUAAUGUCUUGAACGAAGUCUUGGGUUUGGGGGCAGGAGUUGUUUAUUUUCAUUUGGGUUUUUUUUUUUGGCAACAAAUAUUGCUGUAAAACAAACAUUUAAGUCAGGAAGUCCAAGGUAUAGAGAACACUAACCUGAAAAUUAGUCUAGUUUUUUUAACUAGAGUCUAGUUAAAAUAGAGACAAAAAUAACUUUUUAACCCACAUCUGGGUGACUCCAAAUACAGCCUUGCUUUAAAAACCCAGGCAUAGAAUCCAAACUGGCAAAUUCCCAAAAGGGAAUUCCUGCUGGGUUUCUUCAAACCUUGAGCUCACCUAAUGCGUUUAAGAUAUGAUUCAAUUGAAAUACAACUUGAAAGGGAUAUUUCUUUAGCUUAAAAGUAAGGAAAACCUGUAUUGGAUUUCUAUCAGAAAGCAUUAAAAAAUUCCUGCCAAAAUAGGUCACUUUAGGAAAGGUCUUCGUACUAGAGCCAUUUGGCCACUCAUUUACCAGAAAUAUUUUAUAAGGCAGAUUUUUAAAAAUAACAGUAGGUACAGACAUUCUAUGUACAGAUGGAUAGAUAUAUCAGGUAAUUCUUUCAGAUGAGAAUUCGAAGCCAUUGUGGGGAACCUGUGGCCUCGAGGCCACAUGUGGCCUUCUAGGUCUUUGGUACGUAUGCCUUUUGACUGAGUCCGAGUUUAAAGUUUGAUUAAGGGAAUUUGUUCUAUGAAGUUUGGAUUCAGUCAAAGGGCUGCACUUGAGGACCUAGAGGGCUACUUGUGGCUUCAAGCCUGCAUGUUCCCCACUCCUGGUGAAGAUCUUACUUCCAUUUAAAUUUUAUGAAUAUAAAUCCUUUUAAAAAUUGCAUUUGCGAACCUCUCAUUGUGAUCUUGACAGUAAACCAUGUUUAUAGUUAGAAGUGAAUAGUGGUUUUUAGCUGAGCAGACCUGAAUCUUCACUAGUCAGGCCUGGUUGCUUACCCAGUGUGCUUAUUUAUGGGACAAUUGCAUAAGAUAUUGUAGUGUCUGCCUCAUAGAUUUUUAAAAAGUAGAUUGAUUUUUCUGUGACUGGAAUUCUAGGAUAGCUAAUGAUGUGCAUUAAGAAGUCAGUGUUAAAAAUCUUUUUCCAUUUCAUGAUACUCUUUGAGUUUGUAGUGCUACCUUUUGGAAAGCAUUUUGCUACGACCUUAGACACAUUGACAACUUGGUCUCCUUACGUUACAUUACCACGUGUGUCUUCAUAUCAGAGAUGCUCGAGCCCAGCUCUCCUGAUGAUGGGAGCAUGGUUUACAGUAUAAAUGUGUUUGUUUAAAGAAUCCUGUGUGUCUUCUUCAUGCAGCCUGUUUCAGUCUUUUUCUCAGAGUUUUAAAAUCCCAACGUACUUCCCUUAGAUCUAGAGCUGGAAGGGACUUAGAGGUCAGAGAGUUCUACGUCCUCAUCUUAAAAAUGAAGAAACUAAGGCCCAGAAAAGCUAGGUGACUUGCCCAAGGUCAUCCACUAAGUGGCAGAACCAUUGAACUCAGGUCCUGCACCACCAAGGUUAGCCCUCUUUUCACUAUACCAUGAGGAUUCCAGUUGGCAGUGGAACAGUAAUGAUUUUGAGUAAAAUCUUUUGCUAUAGAAAAACUAAGUAAUUUCCUUGUCUUUUGAACAUUCUUAGCGUUUGCUUUCAAGGAUGUGGACAAAUCUCCCAACUCUGCAGAGUGCUAUUUGAAACUGUCUACAAUGGGCCUUGCCCAAAUGCAUGAAACCCUUGAGAGCAGGGUUGGGGAACCUGCGGCCCCGAGGCCAUGUGUGGCCUUCUAGGUCCUCGGGUGUGACCCUUUGAGUCCAAACUUUACAGAACAAAUCCCUUUAAUAAAAGGAUUUGCCCUGUAAAACAUUUGUAUUACUUUAAGAUCCUAUUCCCUGUGAGUUGAGGCUUUGGUUCUUAAUGGCUUGGGCAGAAUUCAUGUAGUUAUUGGCAGUUCUGUGAAAACUACCAGGUUCCUGCAUAUGGGUAGUGAAGGGCCUCAUAUUCUCUGUUUUGGGACAACUGCAAGCUGUCAAUUUAAUGUUUACUCAGAACAACCUUGAAGACAUGAAAUUUUGAAGGCCGUGGAAAUUAUAUGGAGUGAUCUCUGAGGGAAUGGAGGUCAAUUGAAAUCUUCACUUUACAGAAAUUGAAUUUUCACCCUAUGAUUUCAUCAUUAAAUUGUUCUGAGGAGUGUUCUUGGUAGUAACAUCAUUUCCCCCCAUAACUGUAGGUAGGUACUUUUUUCAAAAGACUGAGGAGGAUGGCAUGGCAUUGUGAUACAUGAUUACUAGUAAUUAACUUCCUAGUGACCACUGUAAUGUGCUUUGAAUUCGUUGGGGUUUUUUGCUUCUUAUGUUCCCAUUUCAGCUGUAAAGAUAAUUUGCCAUUUAUAGCGUGAGACUUGAUAAAAUAAAUUAUUUCUCUGUGACAUCUUUCCACAAAUUUCUUGAGCCCUUUGCUCUGUCUACCAGAGGGAGGAAUGUAUCUCAGAUGAGAGGUGGUACGCAUAACAGGUACUCAGUAUAUGAUGUUAGAUCCAUGAGGCGCUCUGGUGCCUUGGAGAGAGAAUGAUUGUGCUGAAAUUUACUUAGAGCUCUAUUAGUCUUGCAGGUUAAAGGUCUGUUUCAAAGUGGGGCUAUUGACCAGGGUUGCGUGGCCAGAGGGCAUGUACAAUGCAAAGUGCAGUGAAGUUGCCUGAUGCAACACAGGCAGGCACUAUUAGAAACAUCUCGGAUUCAUUACGAGUUUGAUUUUGAAUUAAUUUUUGGUCAUUGCCAAAUUUUUCUCAACCUGGGUCAUGACCCCCAGUUUAAGAAAAGUACUGCGUUGACUUAAAUCCUGCAAGCACUAACAGCAUUUCCCAAACACCGCUCUGCAGAACCCUGGUGCUCUGCUUAAUGAGACUGAGUCUCCAGAAGACAAUGUCAAUGCCACUGAUAUUUUCCCCUCUAAAAUACUAAGUAUGAAAUUAGUUUCAUAAACAAAAUAUUAUUCUAUGUAAUGAUUUUAUUUUGGAUUUAUGGAACUAGGCUUAAUUUGUUCUUUUUGUCUGCCAAAUCUCCCUGGCCUUUUUUCAUGGGUAUAUUUUAGACCUCCAGAUGCCCUAGAGCACCAUUUAUGGAUUCUAUCAAUAUACGUUGAGUUCCAAAGUGUUCACUGAGAAAAUUAAUUUGGGAAAUGCUGUACUCAGUUCUUAUUUUUUUUAACUCUAAAAGAAAAAAUGUUUUUGCUGUAGCAUCUUUGAUAAAGAUGGCCCCAGCAGACAGGGAGAGGAUAACAGCUUAGGACCUUGUUAUCUC